AUGACGAUCAGUUCCAAUACAACAACAACAACAACACCUCAGCAAGGUUACUCAUGGUCGUCGUCGCCACCCAAUUUUAAAUUUUGGAAAAUCCUCGUUGUAUUGGCAGUGACUUUUAUUGUGUGUUUUCAAUUGGCACACAAUCGUACGAAAGGUCGACCUUCAGAAAGCUCCGCAGAAAACUACACACCAAUGAUGGCACGUUCAGCGCUUUCUGUGACACCCACUUUGACACCACGUGAACAAGAAUUAUAUGUUACUAAUCAAUUAAUUCCUACAGAGACCUUCUCCCAUGACGGGAAUGUUUGUAUUGUCACUACAUUUACUCCUUCAUGUGAAAUUGAAACAAUACUCAAAUUACCUUCGAGUGGAGUUAUUUCUCAUCGCAUCUUGUUUAAGAAAUAUGAAGGAAAGGAACCUCAAGAAAUGAUUUGCCACAAGGUGAAUGAAACUGAGGAAUUGAAGAAAACGAAUUAUUUAAUAUUGGUGCAUAAGGAUGAAGGUGAGCCAAUUCCUGGAUAUAACAAUAAUUUCAAACAUGCAGUGUUGGAAAAAUUAGGAGUGUUGUAUCCUCAUACAAAGGUCGUGAAAUGGUUACUUGGAGACGAACAAGUAAUAGUUCUCAAAAAAGAAAAUUAUGAAAAUUAUGACUUUGUUUUUAGAAAUUAUUGGAAUCAUGCACUCACCACAUUGAACGCCACUUUGCAAAAUAUUCACUUCUUUCCCCUCUUUACAUGUUAUCCCUAUGUUUCGCAAUCUCAUAUUCCCCGACUUCCUCCUCUUAUUCAAAACAAUGAAAAAUUAAUGAAUAGUAUUAUUGAAUAUCAGUAUGCUUCACUCGUUCCUGCUUCGAAACGAGGUAAAUUUUGCUAUUUCAGAGGUCAGCGUCGAAUUCGAUCUGGUUUUCUCAUUGCGCGAAUGAAUAAGAUUCUAUUCGAAGAAAAUGGCAACCAGGUCUUGAAAGAAAUUUGUGACAUUUCAUUCACGGAUGGUUUCAAUAAGGGAAGCAAGGUCGAUUAUUCUCUCCAAAUGUUAAAUUCUGCUCUAAUAUUGUGUCCUGCCGGAAAUAAUCCAGAUCAAUUCAGAGUGUGGGAAGCCCUCGAGAAUGGAGCCAUUCCAAUUCCAGAAGAAUUGGAAUCCUUUAGCGGGUUACCCAAAGAUCAUCCUUUGAAAAUCAUCGACAUUUCGAAACAUCCCUAUGUGAAUCAUCCAGAUUUGAUCAAUUUAAUCAAACACUUUUAUGAAAAUCCAAAGAAAAUGGAUGAAUAUCAAAAAACUCUCUACAUUUGGUGGUUUCAAUACAAGCUUGAGUGUGCCAAUAAGAUGUCACGAGCAUUAAUGUCCAACGAUUGA